AUGAUAGAAUUCAUCAAAUAUGAUUUCGAACUAAUGAUUCCUCACGAAUAUGUUAUUGAAAAUAUUGUGACGAUUAUAUAUUUUGAUGGUACAGAUAUAUUGAAUGAUUUUCUUGAUAGAAUAACUUUUAUAGGAUUUACCAAUAGAUAUUCUGAACCUGAUAAAUUAGGAUGA